UAUGAAUGGUUGUGUUCCAAGCCUCGCUUUGAUAGAGGUGCUUAGGUCAACACGGAAAUGGGCUAUUAUUUCGCUAAUCAAAUGUAUUGUUUGUUUUGAAGUCGUAGUAGGACAACAGCAGCAGCAACUUAUACUACAGUCAGCUGAGUUCCGCCUGAGGAAUGAUCUCUUUCGAUUCUCUUUCAAAAUGGUUCGUCCGGUGUUACAGCCAUCAGAUGUCGUGAAUGUCUUCUUUGAUGUGGAGCUCAAGGCCCUUACUGAAGUUAACAACAAAGAUCAAGUUAUUACCACGGAAACGAUCAUCACGCAGAAAUGGAAUAACCCGUACCUCCGGUGGAAUCCUGCUGAUUAUGACGGAAUACAAAAGAUUCUUGUGGAUCCAAAUGAAAUAUGGGUUCCAGAUAUAGUGCUGGAAAACAAUGCCGAUGAUGAGGUUGUUCAAGCAGGCCACUUGGAAAAAUUCCGAAGUUGGGUGCUACUGAAGAGCGACGGAAAUAAUACGUGGCUGUCCCCUGCAACUUUCAAGAGUACCUGCACCCUCGACGUACAGUUCUUUCCUUUUGACAAACAGAGGUGUAACAUGGUGUUUCGAUCGCUGACCUCUGAUAGCUCCAUCUUGAACAUUGACACGAAACAAAUUGAGAGCGAAAAUCCCGAGGAAGACGUACAGAGCAGUUUAGAAAUACCGGCAACUGAGGAGAUCGUCAUGGAGGGUCGAAACCAUGGUGUUGCCUGGUCUACGCCGAACAAUGGCAUAUACAACACGCAAAACAGUCAACAGGACUCGUGCGUAAACCGCGCAGAUGAUAAUGUCGCUCAAGCAGGCUACACAGAGAAAUUCAAGACAUGGAUAAUUAUUUACCACAACGGCUCAAGUGAAUGGAUAUCACCCGUGUCCUUCAAAAGCACGUGCGUUUUGGAUGUGACGUAUUUCCCUUACGAUGAACAUCGUUGUGACAUGAUUUUUGGCUCCUUAACGUCGGACAAGACGCUUAUGGAUAUUGAAACAGAAGAAACACGAGUAGGCAAAGGCGACGACAACGAUGUGGACAAACAAUUUGGUAUGUACAAAAUCAAUGCUAUGGCUCUAUUUGUUAAAAUAUCAAAAUACUUCUUACAAGUGACAAGGAAGGAAAAUCUUCCCAGAGGCAGUUAUCAUCCAUUCAUCGAGAUUCACCUAAGCUUUAUCAUCCGCCGCAAGCCCCUUCAUUUUCUUGUCUUCUCCAUGGUGCCAUGCAUGCUAAUCGGAGUCCUGAUCCUCGUCAGCUUCUUCAUCCCUGCAGAAAGUGGCGAACGAAUCGGCUUCAGCUGUACAAUCCUUCUCUCUGUAAGCGCAUAUCUCCUAAUCGUGACAGAAGCUCUUCCACAACAGUCGGACGCGCUACCACUCAUCGGUGUCUAGUACAUAAUAAUCAUAAUAGAAAUAGGGUUGGCGCUGACCGCUACCAUUGUCGUACUCAAGGCGCAUCACGCUACCAUGGAGCGCCCAGCUUUUCUCAAAUGUUUCCUGUUCAUAAACAGUAUCUACAGAUGUUGCCGGAGGGCCACCAAACCGAGAUGCACUUCAAAAAUUGAACCCCCGAUUAAAGUGGCUGUGAUCGACUGCGACAGUGGCAAAGAAGAGAAACACAACAGCGCUGAGGAGAGAUACCGAAAGACAAGCACUAUUAACAUGAGCCGGCUGUCAGUGAGCAGCGGUAGCCAACUGUUCACUCGCCCCAGCAGCAUUGUCAUGGACGUGGAAGAGGAAGACUGGAGCGAGACCUGGCGCCAGAUUCGCAAGGCCUUAGAUCGUCUUUUUUUCUGGACUUUUGUCAUUUCGUUUUUCAUUUCCACGGUAGUCGUGUUUAUGUACGGUCUUUCGUUAGCUAAGCCUUUGACCGCCGGAGCAGACAAGUUGUACGAUUCCCGCUAGCUGAUACCGAUGCGGUACACCAUACAUGAUUGAAUAAAUGUUUUUUUAUUAUUAUUUUUAGGCAAAAAAAUGAGCGUAAUAACGAGGUAAUCGAAUAGAAAGUAUGAUCGGGGAGCGAGGUUCCAGAGUUUGUACAUACAAUGUUGGCCUCAAGUUAUCUUUGUUUGCAGUGGUUGAGACAGUCAAAUUAUAAUAACCACGGCCAAAGACAAUUUCCCCUGGGCCGUGGCUUUGCUUAACAUGUUUCCCAUGCAGGUAGCCCUUGGUUUUCUCUGAUGGGAGAAGAGCUUGGAUUUAUUGAACGUGAGGUUGUCAUACUCGCGCUACAAAGACUGUUUGAUAACACAGUCGUUGCUGUAAAAACCCUAUAUUUUUGGGAUGAGUGGUUCUCUCUUCCCAACUUUUUUUCAACAGUUCAUGCAAAGCAAUAGCUUUAUUGGAAAGAGUUUUUCUUGCGCCAAUAUUACUUUUAGUUACUCUGGCAGAGUUACAUGAAACCUAUUCUAAGUAAAUGAGCUUUCAUAUCACCAAGGUUAUAAGUUUUGUUCUCGGUUUUAUUCAACAUAUUAUUUUUACAUGUUUGUAAUAGGUAAUAAAUACGCUACAGCUGUUGUUUUGGAAAUCACUUAGCUCAUUUGCUGAAACAUUCCGAUGACAUUUUGCCCUAUAAUUUAUGAUCCGCCCACCACGUUUGAAGGUUUUGUGCUAAUAAUUUUUUUUGUAAUGCCUUAAGUUUCCAUAUGUUAUUUUGUUUACAAAACGGUUUCAAAUGUUGCAAAGUUAGUAUAUUUAGGUGGUAUUUCAUUUUUACUUCUGUUUCUUUUUUACAAACAAAUGAUUAAUAACAGCAUUCAACCCAGUUCCCUCACAUUUAUUUCAAGGUAGAGAUUGAUCUUAGUCCCCGCCAUCUUGGAUCUGUCGCACACACUGCCUUCUGCGGUUUAUUUGCUCUAUACUCUAUACAAGUGUGAUUUUUCACAGAUCGACAUCGUUGCGUUUUUUGCAUCCUGAGAAUGAUAUCCCUAUACAUGUAUAGAUAAUUUAAAUAUUCAAUAAUAGUUUGAGAAUUGUAUUUUUAAUUAAGGACUCGCUGUAUUGCAAGAACGUGCCAAAAGAACGAUACAGUAGAAUAUUUCUUGUUUGAUACCCAUAACAAGAAAACGUUGCUCAUGUUUCAUGCCUCACGGGUUUCGAGUAGUCUUCCAUCUGGCAAUCGGCGAUGUAAAAUAUAUUCCAAAAUCAUAGUUUUCUCGGAAAAAAAACUU